UGCUACUGUCUCUUUAAGAAGGCAGGGUUCCACAGAAAGUGACGUUGCGCGUACGUGCCGCGUGACCUCAGUUUCUUAAGCAAGACCGGGAACAGCCUAUGCACGCGAACCGAGAACUCUGCCUGAUUACAGCCUUUCAGUGUUUCCAUCAUGCCUGCUAAGAGGAGCACCAACAAAAGGAAGUCUGAUGCUGUAGUUGAGGAUGAUAAAGGACCAAAGAAAGUGAAAGUUUCCCACAGGAGUCAUGGUAAAGAAGCUGGUCAAGUUCUUGUUCUGGGUCAGGGAGACGUUGGACAGUUGGGUCUUGGCCAGGACAUCAUUGAGAGGAAGAAACCAGCCCUUGUUCCCCUGCCAGAGAAAAUUGUGCAAGUGUUUGCUGGAGGCAUGCACACUGUGUGCCUAAGUGAAACCGGCACAGUUUACACUUUUGGCUGUAAUGAUGAAGGGGCUCUUGGGAGAGACACGUCUGAGGAGGGGUCCGAGAUGGUUCCAGGAAAGGUGACGCUGAAUGAGAAGGUGGUCCAGGUCUCAGCUGGGGACAGCCACACAGCCGCACUCACAGAGGAUGGAACUGUGUACAUCUGGGGCUCCUUCAGGGAUAACAACGGGGUUAUCGGUCUUCUGGAGCCCAUGAAAGCAUCUAACCUUCCAGUCAAAGUCCCCAUGACGGACACUGUUAUGAGAAUUACAUCAGGUAAUGACCACCUGUUAAUGGUUACACUGGAGGGAAAUCUUUACUCUCAUGGGAAUGCAGAGCAGGGGCAGCUGGGAAGAGUGCCUUGGUGUUUUUCAGACAGAGGAGGCAGACGAGGCCUUGAUCAACUGCUGCAGCCACGGAUGGUUUACUUCAAAAAGAAAGUUUCCUUCGUUGAUGCUUUCUGUGCCUCGUACCACACCUUUGCUGUGUCAAGUGAGGGGCACGUUUAUGGAUUUGGACUCUCCAACUACCACCAGCUGGGGAAUAAAAGCACCAAACCGUGUUUCUUCCCGGUGAAACUGACUUGCUUCAAAAACUCGACCACCUCCUGGGUGGGCUUCCAUGGAGGACAACAUCACUCACUCUGCCUUGACGCUGAAGGUCAGGUUUACAGCCUGGGCAGAGCAGAGUAUGGUCGUCUUGGUCUCGGUCCAAACGCUGAAGAGACAACUGAGCCACAGCCUGUGACAGGGAUGGAACCGGCCAGCGGAGUGACAUGCGGGGCCUCUGUAAGCUUCUCUGUCACCAGAGAAGGGUCUGUGUACGCCUGGGGCAUGGGCACCAACAUGCAGCUCGGCACCGGGGAGGAGGACGACGAGUGGAGUCCUGUGAAGAUGACGGGCAAGCAGCUGGAGAACCGUGCAGUACUGAUGGCCUCCAGUGGAGGGCAGCACACAGUCCUUCUGGUCAAAGACAAGCAGGAGAGCUGAUGUCCCCCUGAGGCUGAGAGCGAUGGGGGAUCUUUGGAUCAGUUUUGAGGUGGCCUUGUUCACGGUGCCUAAACCUGGGGAAGGGCUUAGUCUUAAAUUGACUGUCUGAGCCAGGGGGAGCUGGGGUAGAGAGGUUCAGGCUCUUUUAUAAGAACUCCUCUCUUCCUGGUGUGGGGUAACAUUCAUGGAAGUUUGGUAGAUCAUGACAAAUGAGAGACUAUUUUUUUUAUCCAGUAUUUGAUGUUCCCUUUGAUUUUUUUCUUCAUAAAGAGUCGUUAGUGUGACUGUAAGAUGACGUGUUGGUGAAUGUGGCGGUUUGCAUGUAAGGAAAGAAAAUGAGUGCAAGCCUUUUAAUGACUUCUCUGAAAAAUAGUCUUUUAAAAUGUUUUCUCCUCUUCAAAGCAGCAUCUCCUCCGACCCUGUUUCAAAUGGGACAUUUCUAGACAGUGAGUUUAAUGUGAGACUACUGUUCAUUUUACCAAGGACACACACAGUGUUUCCAAUUAGUAACGAGUCGCACUGUAUCUCAAGCAUUUUGUUGCUUUGCCUGUCUGAAAAUAAAGAUUACAUUGUAGAUUUUUUAA